UCUGCGUCCCAACACCUCUGCUCCACCACUCUCCCACUCCUCCAGUCCCUCCCACCGACCCCUCCCAGAACCCGCCGCCGCGUCGGCACUCGGCAGCAGGCGCCCCCGCUCCGUCCCCCGGCCGCCGGCGAAGCCGCCCGCCGCGGGGCGAGGGUGCUUAGCGCCCUCAUCGCGAGAGGAUUCCAUGUUCCAAAUGAAUUGUUCUAAGCUGGGCAUGGUACCUAUUAUCAGGAGGAAUUGAUCUGUUGGUUUAAUCUAUGCACCAGAAUGUCUGGAGUAAAGUCAGUAAUUGGUCAAGCUCCUGGAGAUGGGCUACCAGUUCAAAGGAUCAUAUCAGAACUGAAGAAAAUUACCAAUCCUGUGGAGGAAAAAUCCGGAGCUAAUGGCAGUUCUUCAAGCAGAAAAUCAAAUGCAACUUCAUUAAAAAUGUUAUUAGAAAAAGAGAUGGCAAAAGAAGUGGAGUCAAAAAGGAGAGCUCCAAGUGUCAUUGGCAGGCUAAUGGGUCUUGAGGAGGAUUUACCUACUGAAGAACUAAUUGUACGCCAUACCAAAGCCGACUUGACUAGCGAUUUAAAUGCAUCAAACAAGACCUUACAUGGGAAAGAGCACCAUCAGUCAAUAAGAUUGAAGACACAAGAUCACCAAUCAAUUGAUGAAAUGAUUGAAUAUAAUGAUGUUUAUGAAGUAUCUGAACAACAAUCAGGAACAAGCUGUUUUCAAGAUCAAACUUCACUGAAAGGAUGGCCUUCUGAGAACAAGAGUAAGCAAUUCGAUAUUGUGCAAGAGAAGUUCAUUAAACCAAAAUGUUUUGCCAUGGAAGAGAAGCUCCUUCACACAAAGGAGUUACAAGAAGCUCUUGAAGUUCCAGGUUCAAAUAAAGAUUUAUUUCUUGAAACUCCUGAAGAACAUAGCUCCUCUUUCUCAAGACAGCUGAGUGGGCUUCACACAAACCAAGCACCACCUCCGACAAAACGCAUUACACUGCUAAAGCCAAUUAAAUCUGUUGAGAUUAAUAGCAUAAGGCAAUCCAGAACAGAACAAGUUAGUAAACAAAAUGUGUUGAAUAUGAGAAAGUUUCAUCGGAUUCCUAGUCCAAAGGAAGAAAUAUCCUCCCAGCCAAGUAGAAUAGUACUUUUGAGGCCUACCCCAGGGAAGCCUAGUACAUCAGAGGCAAAGCUAACCUCCAGGGAAAGUACAUUUCAGUUAAUUAACCGAAAUAGUCUCCAUGGAUCAGUAGAUUAUAGCCAGGCAACUCUAGGAUCUUCAGGGCUAGUGCAUGGUAUCAUGCAGCGCCGGCAAGAUGGCUUUCAUCAAAGGGAUGAUUCUUUACUAUCUUCUGCAUACUCAAAUGGAUAUGGGGGAGAUGAAAGCUCAUUCAGUGAUUCAGAAGUUGAUUAUAGCAGUGGUUCUGAAAUGGACUGUAUUGAAGAUGGUGGUACCCUCAGUGAUUCAGAAGGAGGUAGUCCCUUGUCAAAAAAUUCAUGGAAUCGCAGAGGAUAUGAAGGUCCAUACUCGAGCUCAUCUUUGAGCAAGAUCUCCCACUUUUCUGAGUCAUCAGUAAUCAGGGAAGCUAAGAAACAGCUUUCAGAGCGAUGGGCAGUGGUGACCUGUGAUGACAUCAGUCAAGAGCAAGUUCAGUCAUCGAGGAGAACAUGCACCUUAGGUGAAAUGCUCUCCAUCAAAGAAGCGAAGAAAGAAGAUGUCAGCACUGAGAUACUUUCUGCUUCUAGCAACCGGUCAUGUAGCUUGGAUAAUGAAUUGACCACACGGUCUAUGUAUGUAACUUCUUCCAGAAAGAAUGGUGAAAAUGGGGAGAGAUCUCCUAGGAAGCUGCCAAGGUCGAAUUCUGUUCCAGUGAUUUCGUCCACAUUUGGUAACACGGUGGUGGAUGCGCAAGCUUCAAAUCCUGACAGUCGCAAACUUAAAAUGGUGGUUGUGUCCAAUAAAGGAAAAUCAUCUUUGAAGGGAAGAGUUUCAGAUUUUUUCUUGUCUAGAAGUAAAAAGCCAACAAGGCAGAGAAGCACUUAUCAUCCAUCUGAUUGCGUUGCUGAUAGGCUUGAAGCUUGUAGAGUUCGGAGUAGAUCGGACGGGAGUGGUCAGGAUUACAAUCAUAAUCUGGUUGCCAAUGGAAAAGCAGUGGAUUGUGAGGACAGGAUUGAUAGUUUUUCCACACAAAUAUCAACCAGCAUGUCAGAGAGAUCUUCAAUUGGUGCAACUAUAUCAUUGGACUGUCCAAGAGGAAGCCUGGAUAAACUAGGAGUAAAUAAAGGCCUAAAUAGCAACCGUGAUCAACCCAGCCCUACCUCAGUUCUUGAUGCACCCUCUGAAGAUAGCAGUUGUAAUGAACCCGAAACAUCUGGAAGAACUUCCAAGAAUGCAAUAUCGAGAUCUUCAGCAAUUGAGACUGUUGCCCGUUUCGUAUCAUGGGACGACUCUGCCUCAGAAUCGCAGUUACUUGGCACCCCAAGGACUACCUCGCUUAUGUCUGAUGUAGACGAUGAUGAGUCAGAAUGCCAUGUCCUUGUGCAAAAUAUAAUGUCAUCUGCAGGAUUGGGCAGUUCACAAUCAAGUAUUGUUUUCACCGGCUGGCAUUUACCUGAUUACCCUCGUGACCCGGUGCUGUGCAACAAAGUGUCAGAGUUGAAGGAGCAAAGUUCAUACCGAAGGCUUCUUUUCGACUGUGUGAACAUUGCUCUAAUCGAAAUCGGCGAGAACGCCUUACUAAGCUCAUUCCCAUGGAGUAAAAGGCACCCUAGAACAUGGAGAAACACCUCAUCUCCUGAUUUGGGGGUAGAGGUCUGGAGUAUCCUAAAGGACUGGAUUUACGGGGCACGAAUGUUUGUGGUGAGCAGGAGAGACAAUGCUGGGAUCAUGUUGGACAGAAUCGUGAAGCAAGAGGUUGAGGGAAGAGGCUGGGUGAAUUCGUUGAUGUUGCAGGUGGUUGAUAUCACUGAACACCUCGAAGGGGGAGUAAUGGAGGAGCUGCUUGAAGAAGCUGUGCUGGAUUUCGCAGUUUGUUUUCGACGAGGAGGUGUUGUUUGUAACUGGUAAAAUUUUCCAGGAAACAGCUGGCCUGUGCAUUCCCUUUGUUUUGACAGCUGCUCCUUGGAUCGUUCAUUGUUGUAUCCUCCUGCUUCUAUUCCUGGCCGGUUCUGCUUGUUGCAUUGUGAAAGUUUUGUAACAUUUCAGCUGAUGAAAACAUGGUAAUUAUGCAGUUCAGGGAAAGUUUUGUAGGGAAAAUGAAGUGAAA